UAUGCAUUAGCCUCCUUUGUUUUGAAUGGUAACAUUAUUUAUGCCACUUUCAUCUUCUGUGAUUUAGCUAACAGCAGUUUUCUUUGCAAUUUAUGUUGCAGGAGAUAAGCAGUUUGAAAUUGAAGCUAGGACUAGUUGGUGCAGCUUCUGUUAUCGUCGUUCUAGUUGUUGUCUGCUGUUUCUUUUGGAAGAAGCGUAUCCAAAAACAUCAAAUUGUUGAGGCCUUUCUAAGGAGCUAUGGGCCGCUUCAAGUUCAAAGGCAUAGCUAUUCGGAGGUCAAGAAAAUGACCAACUCCUUCAAAGAAAAAUUAGGACAAGGAGGCUAUGGUGCUGUUUAUAAAGGAAAGUUAAAGGACGGCCGUCUUGUAGCAGUGAAGGUCUUGACCAAACUUAAAGGAGAUGGAGAAGAAUUUAUGAAUGAAGUGGCAGCCAUUAGUCGAACUUCCCAUGUCAACAUCGUCUCCUUGUUGGGCUACUGUUUUGAGCAUUCUAAGAGGGCUCUGAUCUAUGAAUUCAUGCCUAAUGGAUCGCUCGAGAAGUUCAUAUUUAAUGCAAGUACUCCCAAGAAUGAUCAUCAUCACUUGGGAUGGGAACCUCUAUAUCAAAUUUCACUCGGUAUUGCUCAAGGAUUGGAGUACUUACAUCGUGGUUGCAACACACGAAUUUUGCAUUUCGACAUCAAGCCUCAUAACAUUCUUCUUGACGAAAACUUCAGCCCAAAAAUCUCAGAUUUUGGCCUUGCCAAAAUAUGCAACAGGAAAGAGAGUAUUGUGUCGAUGUUGGGAGCUAGAGGUACAGCAGGUUACAUUGCUCCAGAAGUAUUUUGUAGAAACUUUGGAGGGGUCUCACACAAGUCUGAUGUGUACAGCUACGGAAUGAUGCUUUCGGAAAUCGUUGGUGGAAGAAGGAACAUCGACGUUGAAGCUGAAAAUACAAGUGAAAUAUAUUUUCCGCAUUGGAUUUACAAGCGCCUUGAAUUGGAUGAAGAGCUUGGUGUGCAGAAUGUUAUGAACGAGGAAGACAAAGUAAGAGCAAGGAAGAUGAUCAUAGUGAGCUUGUGGUGCAUCCAAACUGAUCCUUCAAACCGGCCAGCGAUGAGGGAAGUGAUAGAUAUGUUGGAAGGGAGUGUUGACUCGUUGCAGAUACCACCCAAGCCUUACUUGUCUUCUCCUCCAAAAUCCCCGUUAGAUUCUUCUACUACAUUGAUAUCAAUACAGUAGAAACCCUGUAUUUUACUUGAACAAAUAUAUGUUUUUCUGAGGCAAUCUAAAUAAUGAAGUAUGUAUUUCAUUUUUGUUUU